AUGCCGUAUGAUAACCAUAUAACAGUCUCUAUCAACUCGUCGUUAAAAGAAACCGGCCACAUAAUUUUAAACAAUGAAAGAUUAAGUUAUUACAGAAACCAACUGGAGAUAUGUCAAAAGUUCUUCACUUUUGAAGUUUCAAAGAAAGCUUUCAAAGCGCGAUGGUCCGGUCCUUGCGUCUACAUACCAAUGCCUGAGAACGUCUGCUGGUGUGUGGCUGUGUGCACUGUGCAGCAUUUAUGCGGUGUAAAUGUUCAGUCGGAACGGUCUGUUCAGUGGCGGACAGCCGCAUUUUCCUCUUUGAUGUAUGGCAUAAUCGCCUUGCAUCUUUAUGCAGGGAUACCCAUACUACUCCCUCUUCCUCCUACUCUCCUGACCAUUCCUCCUCUGCCAACAUCCAUAUUAAAUAAUAUUAAUAAUAAUUUCAUCUGCACACAACGGGAACGUGCCUUCCAAUGGUUGACCAACUACAGGACAAUACUGAGAAGACACAAAACAAUAAUAUACUUUCCAUGCAUAUGUGAGAAUAAACCAGAAAGUAGAAGUUGUAGUGCUCUGACCUGGCCUGAGAAAAACGCCGUCCAUCCAAACUUUGAAAACUUUAUAGGCAUGGGAUGCAACUUAAACCAGUAA